ACUCCCUGACGCCAUAUAACCGUAAAUAAAAUGUGUUGAAUGCGUCGUUAAAUAAAACAUUUCCUUCCUUCCCUGACCACGGACCUACAGUGGCUACACACUGCUAGUCAGUUUGGAAACAACGCGAUUGACGUCAUGCUAAACGCCACCGCCGAGACACACACAACGGAUUCCAAUCCCUUCGAAGAAUAUGACAACGUUUACAUCCCAACAGCAUUGCGCGUCUUUAUCGGAAUUGGCAUUUUUGUUCUGAUCAUCCUAGCAGUGGUGGGCAACCUGUUGGUCAUCCUGUCGUUCAUAAAGGACAAACAGCUUCAGACGGUGUACAACAUGUACGUCACCAGUCUAGCCGUCUGCGACUUCUUCAUCGGCAGCAUCAGCAUGCCGUUCUACGCUUACUUCACCCUCAGUGAUUGGGAGUGGGUUUUUGGAGAUACUUUCUGCGUAGUCUGGUCUGUCAAUGACUACAGUUUCUGUCUGGAGAUGAUAUUUUUAACCAUUCUCAUCAGCCUCGACCGCGCCCUGUUGGUCACAAAUGGAGCCCGAUACAUCACCAAAGAAAAGAAAUGUGUAACAGGAGUGAAGAUUGCGAUAUCGUUUGUUCUGUCGUUCGGAACGUACGGUACUUGCAUUGUGGGUUGGAAGUACUGGAGAGGCUAUUCCAUUCUUCGUGACAUGGAUUGUGACGUCGAGUUUUCCGACAGUUUUUAUUUCAAUUUAGCGAUAGCUAUGUUUGAGUUAACUCUCCCAGUUGGUGCCCUUUCCGUGUUGAACUUUAUUGUUUUUUGGCAGAUACGCAAACGAAUGAAACAGCAUGACCAUUCUAAGAUUAGAAGAGAGGAGAUUCUUCAUACACUAAAUGUGCAAGCUCUAACAGAAGGCGCGUCCUAUAGGUUUCCAGCAGAUGACAUUUCCAGGAAUGAUGCACCAGCAACACGACAUGACGUAACAACGACACAAUAUGACGCACCAACGACACGAUAUGACGUAUCAACAACACAACGCGACGCAACAACGGCACGAAAUGACGCAUCAACGACAACUCAUCUGUAUGACGUCCAGAGGUCUGCCAGACGUGACACAAAAGCUGCAAAGAGUUUAGCAGUCCUAGUGAUCGCGUUCUUAGUUAUGUGGGGACCAUACACUGUCACCCAGGUUGUACAGAACGUCUGUGAUGACUGUGUGAACAGCUAUCUUAAUGAGUUUUUCGUGUGGCUUCUAUGGGCAAAAUCGGCCGUCAACCCAUUCCUUUACGCACUGCAAAACGACCGAUUUAAAGCUAAUAUAUUUAGCUUUCUUCGUUGUAAAAGAUUCUUCAUCAAGACAAAUAACAGAGUUGCAAACCAUGAUCGGACGUGAGCCGUCAGGAAAUGAAAUUAAUGCUGUUGCUGUUAUUGUUAAUGUUGAUUUUAAUGACUAGGCUCCCAAAUGCAAUGGUUUCAUAUAUAAAAAAAAAAAAAAAAAAAAAAAAAGAGCAGAAAAAAGAUUUAAAUUAAACAAAAUUAAUAAUAAUAAUAAUUAAGGGGUCGGGG